AUGGUUUCGAACUCAGCCUACCAAGCUGUAGGGUCCUUUACUACCAACCCCUGUUCUGUGACAACUACCGAAACCGAAACAAACUAUGUAACAGAAUACUCGACCACUGAAAUCACGACCACCUAUAUAAUCACUCUUUCGUCAAGUCCGACCCCUAGUGUGUCUGCAUCCACUACUAGCCCCUCUGCUGAGAUUUCUUACACUCCUUCAUCAUCUGUCGCUGCAAGCGCCAGCUCAACGCCUUCAAGUCAGAAUUCCUCUCCUAACUCUUCACACUUAUCGUCUUCGUCAGUGAACUCGGCUUCCACACCCCUUGUCGUGGCUAGCUCUACUCCUUCCACUCCAACCCAGUCGACUGCAUCAUCUCAGCUCAGCUCUUCCGCGAGACCCAAUUCAGCUGCAUCAUCUAAUACCAGUACACCCUCGUCGAAAAUAAUCGUCUCCGUCUCCAACGGUCGAUCGUCGUCAGUGAUCUCGGUUUCCACAUCCCAUGUCGUGGCUAGCUCCACUCCUUCCACGACAGCCCAGUCGACUGUAUCGUCUCAGCUCAGCUCUUCCGCGAGACCCCAUUCAGCUGCAUCAUCCAAUAUCAGUACACUUUCAUCGGAAACAAUCGUCUCCGUCUCCGUCGGUCGAUCGUCGUCAGUCUCGGUUUCCACACCCCAUGUUGUGGCUAGCUCCAGACCUGCCCGCUCAUCCUGCAGUGCCGUUCAUCAUUCGAGGUCCUCGAGCUUACCAUCGAAUUCACGUGCUGCCCCAAGCAGCCGAGGAAAGACUUCUGCGACAAUUGGUGGAUCCUCAAGCUCAACACAUACAUCUGGAGCUCAUGUUCCCAGUUCAUUUGAAUCUGUCUCCUUUGUCACAUCAACAGCUCAGACCACAUCGGCACCCGCCGGCAGCGGAAGCUUCAUUCCCCAAACCGAUAAACCCACCAAAAAACCCUCUCCGACGCCUGCUCAAGCUCACACUGGUAGUUCGGCAGGUGAAUCUGUACAGGAAAGCUCUGGUUUGGCAAGUGGUGUGACUACCACUACUGAAAGCCUCUCUAGUCAAACAGGCAAUGCGGUUUCUACGACAUCGACCGUAUUGACCACGAGGACUGCCACGAUUACAGCCUGCCCAUCCUCACAAGCUGAUUGCCCAGCUUCGGCUAAGACAACUUUUGUGACAACUGAGACAUUGGUAGUGUCAACAACUGUCUGCCCUCUUACUGAGGAGCCACGUCCUACAGCUGGCAGCCAACCCAAUUAUGGCAGUGGCAGUGCCGCACAGAGUGGCCACCUCACGCAAGAAGAAUCAACGACGUCCACAAUUUUGUCCACCCGAACUGCAACUAUCACGGCUUGUCCAUCCACUGUGACGGACUGCCCAGCCUCCGCUAAGAGUAUUUUCGUGACCACGGAAACGCUUGUCGUCUCGACUACUGUUUGCCCUAUCACCGAGGAAUCCCAUUCUUCCACAACAACUGUUCCCGAGUCCGGUAGUGGCACUUCACUGAGCAGCCACUCUGUGCAAGAAAUGACAACCUCAACUGUACUUUCCACUCGAACUGCAACUAUUACAGCUUGUCCAUCCACUAUGACGGACUGCCCAGCCUCCGCUAAGAGUACUUUCGUAACCACGGAGACGCUUGUCGUCUCGACGACUGUUUGCCCCAUCACUGAGGAAUCCCAUUCUUUCACAACAACUAUUCCCGAGUCCGGUAGUGGUGCUUCACUCAUGACAACCUCGACUGUGCUUUCCACUCGAACUGCAACUAUCACGGCUUGUCCUUCCAGCGUAACUGAUUGCCCAGCUUCCGAGAAGAGCGCUUAUGUGACAACGGAAACUAUUGUGGUCUCGACCACCAUUUGCCCCGUGGAAGAGCUCUCUGCUGCCACCUCGACUGUCGUGUCAGACACAUCUUUCGCUGUCUCAACCUCUACGGCUACUGUUAGAGGAAAUGGUGCAUCCGCUCAACAAUACUCUCCUUCAUCGCUACUUAGCACUCGAGUUUCCACAAUCACCAGCUGCCCGUCAGCCCAGUCUUCUUGUGAAGCGUCCGCUAAGACUGUUUUUGUCACCACCGAGAUAUUGUUAGUCUCCCCUACUAGUGUGUCCAGUAUUUCUGCAGUUGAAGUGGAGGUUGCCUCGGAGGCCGCCCCAACUGAGACGGUCGCUGUCAACCCGCAGGUUGUCAGCACAAUCAAAAGCAGCACACUGACCAACGAAGGUGGUUCCUCCGUCAACAGUGGAUCUUGGACUGUGGAAUCCGAAUCUAGCAUUGCAGCCGCAGCCGCAGGCUUUGGGUCUCAUACUUCGCAGUCUUCCUUUGCAGUGCUGGCUAGUCCUGGAGCCACCAAUCCCGCAGCCCAUUCUUCUGGCUUACACGCUUCAGCAUCUUCGUCAAAGAUUAUUGUUGGAUCUACCUACAGCGCUAGCUCGACUGUCGGUGCUGUGAACGCGGUCUACACCGGCGCAGCCAAUGAGAAUCACUGGGUAGUUGGGCACUUCGUUGCGGUGCUGCUAUCUAUUGCUGCUGUCAUUAUUCUGUAA